AUGGCGAUGUGGAUUCGGGUAGAUUUGCCUACCGUAUCUAACCAUGGUACCGACGCGUUUGUAAGUCAUUUGUCUCCCUCUGCAGACCGUAGCCGACGUCAUGGACUUCUGGGAGGUGUCCUCGGGGGCGGUCUCCUCGGGGGUGGAAGACCCCUCCUCGGGCCUCUGUUCGGCUCGCAGUCUCAGGCACAAUCUGAAGCCAACGCCAAGAGCACCAACCUCCAGUUCGGCAGCAACCUGGGCGGCCUGUUCGGCUUCAACGCCGGCCUGACCCAAAACGUGGCCCAGUCGUCUUCGUCGGCCGGCUCCUCCGCCAACGGCGGCGGCUUCGGGGGCGGCGGCAGCGGCAGCAACGCGGCCAGCCAGGCGCAGGCCUCGGCGAACGCCAACGGCGCCAGCGCCGGCUCCGCGGCCAACUCUGCCGCCAACUCCCAGGCUGGAGGUGGUGGCUUCGGAGGCGGUGGCGGACAGAGCCAGAGCCAAAGCCAGAGUCAGAGCCAGGCUCAAAGUCAGGGAGGCGGUUUCGGAGGUGGCAACUUUGGUGGUGGCGGUGGAUUUGGAGGAGGACCAGGCGGCUGUCGUACCUGCGGUGGUCAAGGAGGAGGCAACUUUGGUGGCGGCGGCGGUUUCGGUGGGCAGAGCCAGAGUCAAAGCCAGAGCCAAAGCCAGGCGCAGAGUCAGGGCGGUGGGUUUGGAGGCGGUGGCGGCGGUGGCGGCGGUGGCAGGUACCCCUCCGGGGGCGGCGGCGGCGGUUUCCAAGGUGGUUUCAACGGGGGUGGAAAGUACCAAGGAGGGGGCGGCGGAGGCUACCACCACGGACCCCCGGGAGGCGGGUACAGGCCCCCACAACGCCGCCCAGAGUGGGAAGGCGGUCACGGCGGCGGCGGCUUCGGCGGCUCUCAGAGCGAAAGCCAGAGCCAGGCCCAGAGCCAGGCGCAGGCCCAGGGUCAGGGAGGCGGCGGCGGCGGCUUCGGAGGCCACGGUUACGAUGGCGGAUACGGGGGCCACGACGACGGAGGAUACGGCGGACACGGCGGACACGGAGGUCACGGCCACGGCGGCAGCAAUAGCAAGAGCCAGAGCCAGAGCGACGCGUCGUCAAGCGCCGGAGGAGGUGGUGGCGGCGGCGGCGGCUAUGACGGCCCACCGGCAGGCCCACCACCGUCUGGUGGUGGUUACGGAGGCGGCCACUUCGACGACAACGUGAGAGAGGUGUUCGGCGGCGGCGCCAACAGCAAGAGUGACGCCGCGUCAUCAGCCGGCAGCAGCGGCUCUGGAGGCGGCCACGGUGGAGAUGGUGGUUACGGAGGUCACGGAGGCGACUACCACGGCGACGGAGGUUACGGCGGCCACGGCGGCGGAGGGUUCGGCGGCGGUGCUGGUGGCCAAGCCAACAGCAAUUCGAAGAGCGAUGCGUCGUCCUCCGCCGGCGGCUUCGGUGGCAGCGGCGGCGGUGGCGGAGGUUGCCGAACUUGUGGAGGCAAUGGCUAUGGAGGUCACGGUGGAGGUGCCAGCUCGGACGCCAAGAGUGACGCCUCUUCGUCGGCGUCCUCUGGCGGCGAAGGCGGUUUCGGCGGUGGCCACUAUCCUGGAGGCGGCCACGGAGGUGGAUUCGGCGGCAGCGGCUCGAGCAGCGCGGCAAAGAGCCAGGCGUCCUCUUCAGCCGGAAGUCACGGAGGACCUGGCGGCAGCAAGAGCUCCAGCUCCGCUCAAUCCGAAGCGAGCUCGAAUAGCAGGGGAGGCGGCGCGGGCUCCUCCAGCAAGUCCCAGGCCUCCAGCUCCGCCUCCAGCGACUCCCUCGUGUUCGCGUAAAGAGACUCCAGUCUCCCUAUGGAGAGACGCUAGGGGAUGUGUAUCGUCGCAUCCUCCACAACUGUACUAUUAUUAUUCUUUCCUUUUUCUAUUCAGCAUCGAAAAUUUUGCAACUUCCUUGCUGAACUCGUUUACGUGCCAUGAAAAUUCUUGCGUCCACUCUUUCUAUACUAAUUUAUUGGCUGUGUUGAAUUGAAGAAAUAUCACAUUCUUACCCCACAUCGAGAUGCGGGAGGAUGCUCCUAAAUGCACAACGGUUUGAAUAGCUGGAUGAGGCGAUUUCUACGCCACAGUUUUGAAACAGCUGCUCAGAACUAAGACAACAAUGCAUACUGGCCGUUAUGUGAUUAAAAUGACUGAUUAUAA